GCGUGGCUGUUGGAUUAAGAAGCUGCAGCAUCAGAAAGGGUUUAAUAUAAGAGAAGCAACAGCAGAGAGCGACCUAGUGUCAGUCCUUUUAUUUUGACUGCAAGUACGACUGGGCAACAAGGAUACAUAUAAGAGGAUACAAUAACAAAAGGAAAGCAGAGCUUCUUUGACUGGAGCAGAGAGAUAAAUAAACCAUUGUAGUAUCUGCUGCAGACACCAAACACAGCCAUUAUGACCCAGGGCAAGAUUUCAGUCGCAAACAAAGCUGCUGAAGCAGGAGAGAAGCAGUAUGGGACCUCAAGUGGAGAAUCAGGAGGGCCACCUGCCCCUCCCACCUAUGAGGAGGCCACUGGCACAAGUGAGAAAGGCCUCAGCGGCAGCCCCUGUUACGGUGGGGCUUGUCCUAGUGACGAGGAGAUGCUAACAGAAUUCAGCUGGAGUGAUAAAAACAUCCGGCGGAUCUUUAUCCGCAAGGUUUACUCCAUCUUGAUGAUCCAACUUCUUGUCACUCUUUCCAUAGUGGCUCUCUUCACAUUCUGUGAACCAGUGAAGAUCUACAUUCAGUCCAACCCUGGAUGGUACUGGGCUUCUUAUGCUGUAUUCUUUGUCACAUACAUUACACUUGUCUGCUGUCCUGGACCAAGGAGACAGUUUCCAUGGAAUCUGAUCCUGCUAGCCGUCUUUACCCUCUCUCUCUCCUAUAUGACAGGGAUGCUAUCCAGUUAUUAUAACACCAAGUCAGUGGUGAUGUGUCUGGGUAUUACUGCUAUGGUCUGUCUUACGGUCACUCUCGUCAGCUUCCAAACUAAGUUUGACGUGACCUCAUGCCAAGGCGUAUUGUUUUCCUUCUGCAUGGUCAUGAUGGUGUCUGGACUGGUCUUGGCCAUCGCCCUGCCCUACGGAUAUGUGCCCUGGGUGCAUGGUGUCUAUGGUGUCUUGGGAGCGUUACUGUUUACCAUGUUUUUGGCGUUUGACACACAGCUACUGAUGGGGAACAAGCGCUACACAAUAAGUCCAGAGGAAUACGUCUUUGCCACUCUCAACAUCUACCUAGAUAUUAUCUACAUCUUCUCCUUCUUCCUGUCCCUGUUUGGAACAGAGAGAACAAACUGAAUCCACAUCCAGGCCAGCAUUGCAGAUCACCAUCUACACAGGACCCGUAUUCAUAGUCUCAAACUGCAUUUACACAUGUAGCCAAAUUCAGAUUAUUUUUUCACUAAUUGCUAUUUUGACCAAUCAGAUCAGCUCUAAAAAAUGUCUGAUGUGAAAAGAUCAGAUGUGAUUGGUCAAAAUACCAAUUAGUGGAGAAAGGUCUGAAUUGGGCUGCAGCCUCAGAGUAGUAGUGUUGAUCAAGGAUUUGCCAUUUAGAUCAUCAAAUCAAAUGUAUAUAGCCCUUCUAACAUCAGCUGAUAUCUCAAAGUGCUGUACAGAAACACAGCCUAAAACCCCAAACAGCUAGCAAUG